AUGUGGACAGAUUCCUUAAUCGCUCUUCAUUGGAUUAAAGGGAAAGCUUCAAAAUGGAAACCUUUUGUAUCGAACCGUGUAUCCGAAAUCCAGUCUAGAACUGAUCCUGCUGAUUGGAAUCACUGUAGUGGGCAGGAUAAUCCUGCAGAUUUCAUAUCUCGAGGAGCUACCGUGGAAAAGUUUAUGUCCAGUUCGAUUUGGAUGCAAGGUCCAGAAUGGCUUCGGUUGAAGAAAAGGGAUUGGCCAAAAGGCUCUAAUUAUGAAAUUUGUCUAGAGAUUUCUCCAGAAGUAUAUUGCGAAAAAAGAAGUAAACUGGAAGAAGUAUCGUCUUUUGUGUGCGAAGUGCAAUCGAAUUUGACACAUUUAAUGGAUUUGAAUAGAUAUAGUAGUUUAAGAAAAUUAUACCGUGUUACAAGUUGGAUACUACGAUUUAUAUACAACCUUAAAUUUAAAACUAAACGAUGUGGUGAACUAAGCACUGAAGAACUUAACGAGGCUGAAAUUAUCUGGACAAAAACUGUUCAAAGUGAAGCUUUUGCGGAAGAGCUGUCCUCUUUGAGACAGGGUAAAACAAUUUCUAAGACUUCCUCUAUUCUAGAACUGAAUCCCUUUCUUAAUAAUGACGGGAUAAUGCAUGUUGGUGGAAGACUUCAGAAGUCAAGACUUUCUUACCUUCAAAGACACCCAAUUAUUAUGCCCUCAAAACAUCACUUUGUGAAUUUAUUAGUGUGGGAUGCACACAGCAAAGUGUUUCACGGUGGAAUUUCUGAAACUUUGAUAGAAAUACGCGAAAGAUACUGGAUAAUUAAAGGAAGACAAACUGUUAAAAAUAUCUUAAGAAAAUGUAUUCUGUGUAAACGAUUUAAUUCUUCUCCUGGUGUGCAAGUUACUGCUCCUUUACCAGUAAAUAGAACAGAAGAAUUACCUCCUUUUUCUGUAGUAGGUAUAGAUUUCGGUGGACCACUUUAUACCAAAGACAGUGAUGAGAAAAACUACAUCGUGUUGUUUACUUGUGGAGUAACGCGAGCUCUUCAUUUAGAGUUUGUUGGUAGCAUGACCACAGAAACAUUUCUUCUUGCUUUUCGACGAUUCAUUGCUCGUCGAGGUCUAUGUUCUCAAGUUUUGACGGACAAUGCCAAAACUUUCAAACGAUCAGAACUUGAACUUAAAAAUUUGUGGACUGUCAUUAGUCAUCCAACAGUAAAAGACUUUUACGCCUCCCACAAAAUCCAAUGGUGCUACAUCGCUGAGAAAGCUGCGUGGUGGGGUGGCUUCUAUGAAAGACUAAUUAAAUCUGUAAAACUUGCUUUACGAAAAACUCUAAGAAAAACUACUUUAUCUCGAGAAGAGUUAGAAACUCUAAUUAUUGAAAUUGAAGGUGUUCUUAACUCUCGUCCUUUAACUUAUGUUUAUUCUGAAUUACAGGAACCUAUGCCUCUAACUCCAGCUCAUAUGCUAUUGGGGCGCAGGGUGAAUAGUAAAAUUACUGAAUUUAAAGUUAAUGAUAUUGUAUUAAUUCAUGAUGAAAAGCUACCUAGACAUUUUUGGAAAUUAGGAAGAGUUGUAACAGUAUUUCCUGGCAGAGAUGGAAAAGUAAGGUCUUGUGAAAUUGUGAAAUUAAAACAGGACUAUUCCAUAUAUGUGAUGAAAGUUUUAAUGUAUGUACAG